GAGCAAAGGAAAGCCAGUUUCACAAGGAAGAGACCAAACCGCCGGGAACUCCAAAUGGCAAAGGCCAAGUCAUCCUUGUCCUGCUGGCUGUUGCCAAUAUCACCCACACCUUAAACUCGACCACAUCAUAAACCAGCUUCACUUCGUUUAAAGCUUCAAUCUUGAUCGAACCCAGUUUGUCGGUUAUUUCAGUUACAAAUUAUGGUGACCGUUAACGUUAAAGAAGGAACUAGGCCGCCGUGGGUGGGCUUAGGAGCGGCGGUGUGGGUCCAAAUAGCCGCCGGAAACGCCUACAACUUCCCGCUUUACUCGCACUCGCUCAAGUCCGUUCUGGGGUUCAGUCAGCGACAGUUGACCAUGCUCGGAGUGGCUAAUGAUAUCGGGGAAAACGUUGGACUUGUUCCUGGGAUUGCUUCCAACAAGCUCCCACCUUGGAUGAUACUUUCGAUUGGGGCUUUCGCUUGUUUCUUUGGUUACGGUGUGCUCUGGCUCGCUGUCAGCCGUACAGUUCAGUCCUUGCCUUAUUGGUUGUUAUGGAUUGCUCUUUGUGUUGCUACUAAUAGUAGUGCUUGGUUUACCACGGCUGUUCUUGUGACCAAUAUGAGGAACUUCCCUGUUAGUCGUGGAACUGUUGCAGGCAUUCUGAAAGGUUAUGGGGGUCUCAGUGCAGCUGUGUUUACAGAAGUUUAUAGCGUACUGCUUCGUAAUUCAUCUUCUAAGCUUCUACUCUUCCUUACACUCGGGGUUCCUCUCCUGUGUUUCAUUAUGAUGUAUUUAGUUAGGCCUUGUACGCCGGCUACUAGUGAAGGCUCGGUGGAGCGUGGUCACUUUCUCUUCAUCCAAGCUGCGAGUGUGGUGGUUGGAUUAUAUGUGCUCACAACUACAAUAGUGGAUGAUUCCUUUUCCUUGAGUGCUCCGAUUACCUACAGUUUUGUUGUCAUAAUGGUAGUACUUCUCAUGGCGCCGCUUGCUAUCCCUCUAAAAAUGACAUUUUAUCCCACAAGAGUCAGCUCUUCUGAUAAUUUGAAUAAUGAGGAUAGCAAUGCAGAUGAAACUGAACCACUGCUGAAGUCAUCUUUAUCAACAACAAGCCUAGGGAGUUUUCGUGAAGGGAAUGAUUCUUCGUCUGACAUAGCUAUGCUUCUUGCUGUGGGUGAGGGGGCAGUGAAGAGAAAGAGAAGACCCAAAAGAGGGGAAGAUUUCAAGUUUACUGAAGCUGUGAUCAAGGCCGAUUUCUGGCUUCUGUUUUUGGUUUAUUUUGUAGGGGUUGGUACUGGGGUAACUGUUCUGAAUAAUUUAGCUCAAAUAGGUAUUGCACAAGGAACGCAUGAUACCACGAUCUUGUUGUCUCUCUUCAGCUUUGGCAAUUUCGUGGGACGUCUUGGCGGAGGAGUUGUUUCUGAACAUUUUGUCAAGACAAAAACAAUUCCGCGGACAUUUUGGAUGACUUGCACUCAAAUUAUAAUGAUCUUUAUCUAUCUGCUAUUUGCUUCUGCUAUCAAAGGAACCCUUUAUGCUGCGACUGCACUGCUUGGGAUCUGCUACGGUGUCCAGUUUUCUAUCAUGAUCCCGACCGUCUCUGAACUCUUUGGAUUGAGGCAUUUUGGCAUAUUCUACAAUUUCAUGUCACUAGGGAAUCCUCUAGGCGCAUUUCUUUUUUCAGGUCUCCUAGCAGGAUACAUAUACGAUAAUGAGGCAGCAAAGCAGCAUGGUCUUAAUCAUCUUUAUGGAACAAAUGUCUCCUGCUUGGGUCCAGAUUGCUUUAGGGUUACCUUCCUUGUUCUGGCAGGUGUCUGUGGUGUCGGCACAAUCUUGAGCGUUGUUCUGUCUACUAGGAUAAAGCCUGUUUAUGAAAUGCUUUAUGCCGGUGGUUCCUUCAGAAUACCUCAGAAUACAAAUAACUAGGAUCAAUGAGCGGUAGUCAGUGGAAGCUCAACUGCUUUCAUACUGAAGUACAUUUCCGUAGUACUCUACUGGAGCUCUAGUAAGUUUUUGUGUACUUUUUGUUGUUGUUGUAACUACUAGAAUGUAAGUAUCAUUCAUGUAUAGAAUGGUGUGGCUGAUGUGGUUUUGUUGUUUUUA